AUGGGUGUUGAUAUACUUGGAUUCGCGUAUGCCGCAACUGUUGCCGCAGGAGGCAUAAUGGGUUAUGCUAAGGCAGGCUCAAUACCUUCUUUGGGAGCAGGCAUCAUUUUUGGAUCUAUCUUAGGUGUUGGUGCAUACCAGCUAAGCCAAGAUCCCUCAAAUUACACAUUAAUGCUUGGAACUACAACAUCAUUGGGUGGUUUAAUGGGAUACAGAUAUUACAAUGGCAGGAAGUUCAUGCCCGCUGGUUUAAUGUUUUGUCUAUCGGUUGGUAUGUUAACAAAACUAUUGGUUACGAAUGUUGGCUCCAGUAGAUUACCUGUUAAGUCAAGUUAG